AUGGUAGCAGUUGUAGCAGUAGUAGCAGUAGUAGCAAUGGUAGCAGUGGUAGCAAUGGUAGCAGUGGUAGCAGUAGUAGCAAUGGUAGCAGUGGUAGCAGUAGUAGCAGUAGUAGCAAUGGUAGCAGUGGUAGCAAUGGUAGCAGUGGUAGCAGUGGUAGCAGUAGUAGCAAUGGUAGCAGUGGUAGCAGUAAUAGCAGUAGUAGCAAUGGUAGCAGUGGUAGCAGUAGUAGCAAUGGUAACAGUAGUAGCAAUGGUAGCAGUGGUAGCAAUGGUAGCAGUGGUAGCAGUAGUAGCAAUGGUAGCAGUG